AUGGCCUCCGGUGGUACUCUUUUAUUCAUUUUCACUGCCCUCUGUGUUACUGCAGUCAAGAGUGGAUUUGUGAAAGUGGAAUGCAAAGCUGAAAAUGUGGGACAAUAUGGCCAACAGUCACUGCUGGAGUGUGUCAUCAAAACAUCAACAGAUAUAAAGGAUCCAACUAUCCGUAUGGUUGCUUGGAAAAAAUUGACCUCGCCAGAAGACGAAGGUGAUCCCGUGUUGGGUUUCAAUAGAAGGAAAUUGGACCGGCCAAAGCGAGGCUACAGGUUUGCUGAACCAUCAUGGAACGAGAAGAACAUGAAUGUAUCUCUGCUCAUCACCAACACUGCAGUGGCAGACGAUGGAUAUUACAAGUGCAUAGUGAUCACAGACAGAGGUGAUGGCAACAAGGUCACUAACCUUAAAGUCCAAGCCAAAUACAGUAUCUCGACUGUAUACUCCAUCCCUGAGAAAAUUGUCCCAAAUACAGACAGUACCCUGGUCUGUGAGUCUCGUGGAGGCUACCCACAGGGAACAAUUCGCUGGUUUGAUGAAGAGAAACAUGACUGGACAAAAAGCGCUAAAAUGGAGGCAAAACAGUCAGACGAUGGUUUGUUUCAACUCACAAGCAGACUGUCUUUGUCGCGAGGAUCCACUUUCUCAAAGUACAUCUGCGCUGUGUUCAAUGCCAGUGGAGGCAAAGAGGAUGAGAAAACAUUUGAUACCAACAUACCACCACCAUCAGCCAGAGAAUCUCCAGGACAAUUCUCAAAUAAGGUAGAGAUCUACAAAAUAGUUGUCCCUCUGGUGGUCAUUGGUUCACUGAUCGUAUGUGGGCUGUUGAUCUACGGAUGGCAAUCUCGAGAAAUAACAAACAAACCUAACAGAGAGCUCCAGACGACCACAGAGAAGAGACGUCUACCUGGUGGUAAUCGUGAGCAUAAUACUACCGAGCAUCCCAAAGAACCAUGUUCCAGACAAAAAGCGCUCUUGUCCACUGCAGAGGAGAGACAUCUACCUCUGGUGUUAAUCAUCAGUAUUUCCACCAUCAUCCUGCUGUUCAUCAUAAUCUUAAUCCUACUGAUGAUCCAGAAGGCGAGAAAAAUGAAAAGCCACGAAAGAAAAGCAAGACCUUCCCUGCAAGGAUCCAAUGAUUAUGUGUAUGAAGUUAUGAUGAAGACCAACGGGUGCCCAGCAGCAGCUCCAGAGCAGCCAACACAAAACCCCUAUGAGCUUGUUUAGAUAUGUAGUCGAAUAUUAUUCA